AUGAUCCGCGCUCUUCUCACGCUUUGCCUCGCCGCCUCCGCCUCGGCGCUGCUUUUCGGUAGCGGCGGUUGCGGUGGGCAACAGAGUUGCGGCUGUUCGUGUCCUCCACCCCCACCACCAUGCCCUCCACCUCCACCACCAUGUCUACCGGCCCCAUGCCUCCCCCAACUCCCACCAAUUACUCUGCCAGCUUUGUGUUUGCCUCCUCUUCCUCGCAUCUCGCUCCCAUGCCCACCCCCAUCGUGCGGAUGUGGGCGUAAGAAGAGAUCUACCACUGCCUUGGUCAGCAAACACUUUGGAGAUGAGGACAAGAACUUGUGCAACAACCCACAAAUCAGAAAGAUCAUCCUCACCGUAAGUUUUGGUGUCUUUUGGCUUCUUGAUGUUAAUGUUUUAACUUUUUAAAAGUCUUAUUAGUUAAAACGAUUAAGCUUAAUAUAAUAUAUUGUUAUUGCUUUUUUAAGUCAUAAAAUGUAGUGUGAAACAAAAUUUUAAGCUAUACCUCUAUAUUUUCUUCAGUUAAGCAUAUUCUGUUUCAAACUAAAACCUUAUCAUUACCCAAUUAAUAAAAACUAUUCUUUCAGAACAUCACUGAGAACCCAGGAGCCUCAAAGAUUGCCAUUCACUCUGAAUUGAAGGCCAAAUUGCACGGUAACUACGUAGUCAUGUGCUCGAACGGAGCCUUCUCGUUCGUUGCCGAUACCAACAACUACUGUGUGGACGGAAAUGAAAGAAAUACUUGCUACGUAUUCGAAGCCUAA